CCUCCGCACCACACUUCUGAUGUUUUCGUGCACUGGAGGCUGGGGAUCUGCUGAGGUAGAGGAGAAGGUCAACUUCCGUGGAUGAGCUGCAGGAGACGACCUACCGCGUGAAACCCGCCCCUCCCUCCUGUCCUGUGCUGCGGUUGUUUGCAAUGAGACGCCAGGCAGGACCCCCACCACCAUAGACACGCACGCACGAGUGUGGGGGGGGGCGUGACAGCCACAUUUGCUGGAUUGUUUACCGGCUUCUUUGCUUGUAAUGCUCUCCAGUCUAAGGAAGAAGAAAGGUUGACUGCAGUCUUUGCAUUUCUCUCACCAGGAAGGAGUCGCUGCAGUGUCUGCAGGGGGUGGGGGGAGCUUUGAUUCCGGAGGCAUCAGCUGUCUGGACGCCCCCCAGCGCCAUGGUGGUCUUCAACGGGCAGCUGAAGAUCAGGAUUUGCGAGGCGCUGGACCUGAAACCCACGGCGUGGUCCCUGCGUCACGCCGUAGGGGGCAAGAGUCAGUCGACCUUCCUCCUGGACACCUACAUCGCCCUGAACGUGGACGACUCGCGAGUGGGUCAGACUUGCACCCGGCAGAGGACCAACAGCCCGACGUGGAAUGAUGAGUUCACCACGGAGGUGCACGACGGCCGCACCAUCGAGCUGUCCGUCUUCCAUGACGCGCCCAUCGGGUACGACGACUUCGUGGCCAACUGCGUCAUCCAGUUUGACGACAUCAUGCACAACCACAGCAAACACAUGGAGGACUGGGUGGACCUGGAGCCAGCAGGGCGGGUCUACGUGGUGAUUGACUUGUCAGGAUUGUCCUCUGAAGCGCCGGUCUCCAGCGACAACGACGAGCGGGUUUUUCGCCAGCGGUUGCAACCCAGGAAACGUCAGGGCGCCGUACGCCGCAGGGUUCACCAGGUGAAUGGACACAAGUUUAUGGCCACCUACCUGAGACAGCCCACCUACUGCUCCCACUGCAGGGACUUCAUAUGGGGCGUUUUGGGGAAGCAGGGCUACCAGUGCCAAGUGUGCACGUGUGUGGUCCACAAGCGCUGCCAUGAGCUCAUCAUCACCAAGUGUGCCGGCAUGAAGAAGCAGGAGGACAAGGUCCAGGAGCCGCUGGGCUCGCAGAGGUUCAGCGUAAACAUUCCACACAAGUUCAGCAUCCACAACUUUAAAGUUCUCACGUUUUGUGACCACUGUGGCUCCCUGCUGUGGGGUCUCCUGCGACAAGGCCUGCAGUGCAAAGUGUGUAAAGUCAGCGUGCACAAGCGCUGCCAGAGCAACGUGGCGCCAAACUGCGGCGUGGACGCGCGGGGCAUCGCUAAAGUCUUGUCGGACCUCGGAGUCACGCCGGACAAGAUCUCCAACAGCACGCAGAGACGGAAGAAGGCGUCACAUCCACAGGUUGUGUUUGAACAGCUUCCUCAGGUCCACGACCCCCAGCAGCUGCCUGCUUUACCCCAGACCCAAGAAGACCGCUCAAGAUCCGCCCCCACGUCCCCAUGUGACCCCGACUUGAAGGAGCUGGAGAACAUCCGGAAAGCUCUGUCCUUCGAUCACCGGGGGGAGGAGCUCUCUCCUACCCUCUCUGUUGCCGUAGUAACAGACACAGGGGGCGGCGGCGAGGGGGGGGUGAAAGAAAGCCAACAAAGAAACGGCAACGUGACAAGUCAUGCUGCUCCAGAGCUCCAGAGGAUGAACCUCUAUGACUUUGUGUUCAUCAAAGUUCUGGGAAAAGGAAGCUUUGGGAAGGUGAUGCUGGCGGAGCUGAAAGGCAGCGAGGAGGUGUACGCCGUCAAGGUGCUGAAGAAAGACGUCAUCCUGCAGGACGACGACGUGGACUGCACGCUGACGGAGAAGCGCAUCCUGGCGCUGGCCCGGAAACAUCCUUACUUAACCCAACUCUUCUGCUGCUUCCAGAACAAAGACCGCCUCUUCUUCGUGAUGGAGUACGUCAACGGAGGCGACCUGAUGUUUCAGAUUCAGCGCUCCAGGAAGUUUGAUGAGGCGCGAUCCCGUUUUUACGCCGCCGAGGUCACGUCCGCUCUCAUGUUCCUGCACCGGCAUGGAGUCAUAUACAGGGACUUGAAGCUGGACAACAUCCUGUUAGAUGCAGAGGGCCACUGUAAGUUAGCAGACUUUGGAAUGUGCAAGGAGGGAAUCCUCAACGGCGUCACCACCAACACCUUCUGUGGAACGCCAGACUACAUCGCCCCUGAGAUCCUGCAGGAGCUGGAUUACGGGCCUUCGGUGGACUGGUGGGCUCUGGGGGUGUUGAUGUACGAGAUGAUGGCGGGACAGCCCCCCUUCGAGGCUGACAAUGAAGACGACCUUUUUGAGUCCAUCCUCCACGAUGACGUCCUCUAUCCCGUCUGGCUCAGCAAGGAGGCCGUGUCCGUCCUCAGAGCGUUCAUGACCAAAAGUCCCAGCAAGCGUCUGGGCUGCGUGCUCACUCACGGCCUGGAAGAGGCCAUCAAGCUGCACCCCUUCUUCAGAGAGAUCGACUGGACGCUGCUGGAGGCGCGGAAGAUCACACCGCCAUUCAAGCCUCGGAUUAAAACCAAAAGGGACGUGAACAACUUCGACCAGGACUUCACGCGAGAAGAACCCGUCUUGACGCCGGUGGAGGACAGCGUGGUGAAGCAGAUCAACCAGGAUGAGUUCAAAGGUUUCUCCUACUUUGGAGAGCAAGCUGUGGCAUAGACGUGCACGCAGCAGCACAUCCAAGACAUGACGCCAUCUUUUCUUUGGACCACUCCAGGAAGUAUACUAGACCAUAUGCAUCGCCGCGUGUGACCUCUGUUGCUCAUCUACAUAAGUUGCGAAAUGAGCACACGUGUGUGUGUGUGUGUGUGUGUCUGUAGUUGAUCUCGACUCGGAGAUCAUUUGAAGUCCAGACACGUGUACAGGUCACAUUUGAAGCUCAUCUUGCUACGCACACACGUUCUGGAGUAAAGCCAACAUGCUUUUUUUGGUACUCGCUGCACUCCAUUUGUGUGCUGCUUUCGCUGUGGAGUUCAGCGUCUGAAACUUGGAAGAUGCUCCUGUGUCGAGGCACCGGCGUACGCUACACCGGCUUGCUCCACCCCCUGCAAACCCUCUGGCGUAGCGUGACGUGCAUCUCCAAUCUUACCUCACGCUGCGGUGAGGCGGACCAUAAAGGCUGUGAUUGGUCAGCAUGUAGUACAUUAUUUCCUGUGUUUCCACCACUUUUGUUUCAAAUUGUUUUAAUGAGCAGCACCACGGCCAUCGCCCAUUCAAAAGCCCGUCAAGAUAGUUGCUCAUUUAGAAUGGCUUCAACCACAGUGAGCGUGACCGAUUUACAGAUGUAUUUUUAAAUCAAUGGUAUUAUUUAAGUUCACAUUAUAACCCAACGUUUUGCCCACAUGUGUAGUGGUUAAAGAACUUUUAGUUUUGUUCCUUUUGCCCAUUUAAUGCUGUUUUAUGUCACUUCUUUGACUGACGCCCAAUUGGCAAUGUGGUUUUGAAUUGGCUUGAAAAUAAAUGUAUUGAAUGAACAUGUUGUGCAACAUGAACUUUACCAUAGAAACACUGACAUGUAAUGUUGAAGCGUGAGUGUUUAAAAUGAAUUACACUUCUUCAGAUUUGUGAAGAAGAUUGUGUGUACUUACGAAGGAUUCAUCAUCAACUUGGUCAACGUCAUUUGUAUUGAAUGAAUGGAUGAAUGAACACACUUUCUCCUCCAAUUUCAGAUCAACAUUUGAAAUCAGUGUUAUCAUGUGUGGAUUUGUUCCAGCUGCAAUAACUAAUACGUCUCCAAAGUGCGGCCCAGCGGCCAUUUGCUGCACGAAGUUUGUUUUUUAUGGUCCCGGAGCACAUUGCAAAAGUAAAAGGAACAAAAAAGCAGCAAAAAUGUGAAAAAUAGAGUAAAAGGUAUCAACUAAUCAUCCCACAAAGCUUUGUCUUUAAAUACACAACACUUUGUUUGCCUUUUUACAAAACUAAAAAAUAUAUAUAUAUAUACAAAUAUCAAAAUGACAUUAUUUGAUCCCUCCAGCAUGCCCGAAACACCUCACCAGGGAGGCGUCCUGGAGGCAUUCGGACUAGAUGAAGACCUAGGACACGCUGGAGGGAUUAUGUCUCACAGCUGGCCUGGGAACGCCUUGGUGUCCUCCCGGUGGAGCUGGAGGAGGUAGUCGGGGACCGGGAAGUCUGGGCUUCCCUACUAAGACUGCUGCCCCCGCGACCUGGACCCAGAUAAGCUGAGGAAAAUGGAAUGGAAUUAUGUGAUUUUUGAGUACGUGCCCCCUUCAGUGGAAAAUGUUUGUCUUUUUUUCAAUGUUGGCAUGUCUCACCCUUGACCUCUUCAUUCUCAAAAUGCUGUGUGUUCAUGUGUAUAUGUGUGUGUGAGUUUGUGUCCUUCACCAAAUGUAGGAAUGGAAAUGUCCCAAGUGUACAAAACAACAAAAGUACAGUCAAGUACAAUUUGAUGUUCUAAAUACAUUUUUUGAACAUCAUUAGAGUCCUGUAGAACAUGAAAUAACACCCCUAUAGUCACCAUUACACUCACACAUGCUAUAUUAUUCAUUCUACAGUCUACGCCACAUUGCCACAAGCUAGCAAACUAACAAGCUAGCAAGGUAAACAGUUAGCCUCAAAUUUAUUUAUUCUACACUUAAGAAUCCAAAAAUGUACCACUUCCACACAGGAUGGGAGAAGAACUUUUUGUUCAGUCUAUCAUGUGAGACAUCCCAUGGCUGACUUCAUGACUUCAUGCAGUGUUACGUUAAUGUCAUGCAAGCUAGUUGCUCAUCAAUAUUUUGUGUCAUUAUUGCCACCUAGUGACCACAAUACGACAUAUCACCUGUAUUUCAAUAUGUUUUGACUAAUAAUAGACCAUAGUCUACCACCCAACUGAUCAUAUAUUCAUUCCUUUCUGAAAAAGUGUGAUACACUCCUGAUCGAAAUCUUAGGACCAGUUGAAAAAUGGCUAGAAUUUGCAUUUUGCACAUUUGGAUCUGAUUGAGGUUUUAAGGAGAGCUACAAUAUGCAAAAACAAGAAGGGGGAGUGAGACAAAAAAAAUUGGAGCUUGUAAUUUAAACAAAAAAAACAAAAUGAAAUAGGUUUUUUAUCACCUGAUCAAAAGUUUAGGACCGCACGCUAUAAAAGCAAAAUCUGCUCAAAAUGUUCAUUUUGUGUCAGGCAUUCACACUGUCAUGCCCUCCUGAUGGUAAAGCUAAGAAGCUCUCUCUUUUUCAACGUGUUCGGAUUGUGGAGCUGCAUAAGCAAGGCCUCUCACAGCGUGCCAUGGCUGCUGAGGUUGGGUGCAGUAAAUCAGUCAUUCUACGUUUUUUUUUAAGAUCCUGAGCAUUAUGGAACAAAAAAGUCAAGUGGUAGACCCAACAAAAUCACACCUGCGCUGAGCUGGAGGAUCCAAUUGGCUGUCCAUCAAGACACAGGGUGGUCUUCCACCCACAUGAAGGCCUUACUGGUGCCGACUGCAGCGCAAUAACCAUCAGACGCCAUCUGCGGGAAAAGGGUUUAAAAAACAAAUUCAAAGACCUCGUUUCCUUCAACGCCACAAAAGUGCCCGUUUAGUCUUUGCCAGGGAGCAUCAAAAAUGGGACAUUGAAAGGUGGAAAAAAUGUAACCUUGACGGUCCAGAUGGCUUCCAUCAUUACUGGCAUGACAAGGAGAUCCCACCUGAGAUGUUUUCUACCCGGCACAGUGGAGGGGGUCCAUCAUGAUCUGGGGUGCUUUUUCAUUCAGUGGAACUUCAGGUGGUGCGGGGUCGUCAAACGGCGGCUGCUUACGUGCAGAUGUUGCAGCGGGCAUCCCUCAUGACUGAGGGCCCUCGUCUGUGUGGUAACAGCUGGGUUCUUCAACAGGACAACGCUGCAGUUCACAAUGCUGGCUUGACCAAGGACUUCUUCAGGGAGAAUAACAUCACUCUUUUGGACCAUCCUGCAUGUUCCCCUCAUUUCAAUCCCAUAGAGAACAUUUGGGGAUGGAUGGCAAGGGAAGUUUAUAAAAAUGGCCAUCAGUUCCAGACAGUUGAUGCCCUUGGUGAAGCCAUCUCCACCACUUGGAGCAAUGUUCCCACUAGCCUCCUGAAAACACUCGCAUCAAGCACGCCCAAAGCCAUUUUUGAAGUGAUGAACAAGAACGGUGGAGCUACUCAUUACUGAGUCCUACUGACAACAUUUUUUGUUCUGGUUUGGAGAGUUUUUUGUUCUUUUUUGAGCGAUGGCUUUAAACUUUUGAUCAUCUGAUAAACAGCCUAUUUCAGUUGAAUUGUUGUUUUCAAUAAAUGACUUUUUCAAAGUGCUUUUUGUCUCACUCCCCCUUCUUGUUUUUGCAUUUUGUAGCUCUGCUUAAAACCUCAUUAAGAUCCAAAUGUGCAAAAUGCUAAUUCUAGCAAUUUUCAAUUGGUCCUAAGAUUUUGAUCAGGAGUGUAUAGCGAGCGAUGUAUUGCUGAAUGCGCACUCUCAUGUGUGUUAUUUCUUAUUGGAUGUUUAUUGUGUGUGUGUGUGUGUGUGUGUGUGUGUUUUGGUGGAUCGGAUGAGAAAUGUGAGCGUGGUAUGUUAUGGUAUUGUAACGUAUGGUAUGGUGUAUGGUACUGCAUGGUAUGGUAUGGUAUGGUGUGGUGUAAUUUAUGGUAGUUCCUGUCCAAAAGAAGCAUGUGGAAUAUUCAUAUAUUGUGUGUGUGUCCUUUUUGCCGUCUGACAUUAAAAAGUUUUUUCAAGCAUUGUCUUUGUCAACUUUCAAAGUGUCAAAUGGCAAAAAGCAUUUGGGCCAAAACAUUUUUCCAAAUCAAGUGUCAAUCAUCCUCUAGCACCUC